ACAAGGAGAAGGACCAAAUGUUACGAGUUAUGACUAACUAUCCACCAACGUAACCAGAUCUUGUACAGUCAACGAGUGCGACAAAAUGGCACAAAACUGACAAAGGAGUACUGAGACAUUCGGCGACCUGACACCUAGCUCCGACACUUCUCCAAGGCGCAAACCAACAACCUUCCAACUUGGAAGGCUCAGGUUCGGAGAGGUCCAGUUGGCUCACCAUCCGAGUUCAAAAAUUUAAACUUGUGAUCUUUAUAAGGUCGACACUUUCUUUAACAAAAUACAGUCGGCAAAGGAGCGCAGUAGACGCUAUUGCAAAGACUCUCCGCUACAUAGUGAACAUGCCGGUGGGCGACCUAAUCAAGAGCUCUGUACCCAAACAUGUGAAACCUCUCCAGGCGACCUGGCCAUCAACUUCUCCAGUUUCCGUGUCCACGCUGAAUUUGCCGUUGAGAACGCCCACAUGCUGUCGUCUCUAAUUGCCGAAUUGCCAAUAUUCGAAGUGUCGCAUGCUCAUCCUGAUUUGAAGUCCUUCAGUCAGCAAUCAUGUGGUGAACUCGAUGGAGUAAAUUUCCUGAGUGACAGUAAUGUCCUGUUUAUGCUCCGGGCAAGAAACAGUGCGCAGGCUGACAAUGUUUUUGCUGCCGGAGGUUGUAUUGGCGAAGGUCCUUUCAACACAAGCCAGUGCUACUAUCAAUACCGGAACAGGCAGCCAGUACCAACCGACAGAGUACCGGGAAUUCUCCACUACAACUCCCUGAUCACGUCCCCCGAGAGCCCAGUUGCACCGCGGUGGUACUCACAGCCGAAAGAGUGGCUCCAGGAUCCAGCAAAACACAAGGACGAUGCUUGGCUAGGUGGAAAGUGUCGACAUCUAUGCCCUGAUGGGUCUUCGUUGCGGCAGGUGUCGAUGGGGCGCUGCAGAAUCCCAGACUAUCUGAUCUGCCCAGUGCACACAAAGUACAGUGAUUCUCUAUGGGUGAACCCAUACUUUGACUGUGAACUUGGCUUUACAUGGAUGGUAACGUACUCCGCACCUGUGUCAGUGUACCACAACAACACAGUACACUACCUUGGAAUGACUGGUAUAGAUAUAGAUCUGGAUAAGAUACCCAUCGAUCAGUGCUCAGUGGAACUGAACGGUCGGGCUGAGGGGUACGGCAGCGUGUUUGCUGAUACCAACCUGUGCGACACGGACACAACAGUGUGUGUCACGAGUGAAGCCAGGAACACAUCACAGCUUAUAGCGGGUCGGUACACUUGUGUCUGUAAAGAAGGGUAUUACUAUCCACACACUCUAGGGAAUACGAAUGAGAUACUGGGAAGCUCUCUGACAUCGUUGGACAUAAUCUGGGCUCAGGAUCAGUGUGCAGCUGAAGUGAGGAAAAAGCUCCAUCUGUUUCGGUGCGCCAAGUGUCCACAUCACUGCAAAUAUUGUAUUUCCCCAGCAGACGAUUGCAGGUACAAAAACAAAGUAUCGAUCACAGCGCCUGCUCACUGCGUCAACGCCCUAGCUCUUGUGCUUGUCGUCUCUCUCCUGAUCUAUGUCAUCCGCGAACGAAGUGAAGCUAUUCUGCGCUCGGCCAGUUGGAAAUUCCUGGUGGCCAUCCUCAUUGGCUGUAUUGUGGCCUAUAUUGGGCUCUUCAUUGGAAGUACCCCUUCACGAUGGAAUUGCUCUCUGUUCAAGUGGCUGAGUGAGACUGGCUUCGCCUUGAGCUAUGGCAGCAUUCUGUUGAAGAGUUGGCGAAUCGAACAGAUCUUCAGCCAUAAGAUGAUGUCAAAGACAAGACCACAGUCACAUCUGAGAGAUGUGAAUUUAGCCGCCUACCUGGUAGUGUUGCUACUGGUGUGGUGCUUUAUUCUCACGGCUGCCACGCUUUCAAAGCAGUUAGCCAGCGAGGCGGAUGAGGUCCUGAUGACGGGAAAAGAUCAGCCUCAAUACUUUGAACGCUGUGAGGAAAAUGCCUUUAAAUUUGUCGCGUUUGCAGUUCAUCUGUUGCUGCUUCUUUCCAGCAGCUUUCUGUGCUUCAAGCUUCGCAGAGUUCUUAACGACUAUGCAGAGAGUCGUGAGAUUUCCAUUAUUGUUUAUCUCUCAUCUCUAGUGGAACUACUGGCAUUCACGGGCAAGCUCUUCCUGAGGGCUAUGCCCGAUAUCCACUAUGCCGUGCACUCGCUGGAGAGUCUGUUUCUGUUUGGAGUCAUGCCAGCCAUCCUAGUGCUCCCAAAAGUCAGGCGCAUCAGAGUAUCCAAGUUGGAACGCAGCCAUUCCAGUGUUUCGAGCGCCAGGUUGAAGCUACGCCGGUCCUCCAGUGAUUUGAGACGACUCCGCAUGAACACCAUUACACUGUCCAGUUUUCACCAAGGCAGCCAACACGGCCCCCGCCAAAGCUCUGCGUCGCAGCAGCUCUCACCCUCUAGUAGUCAGUACUCAAAUGGCCGGGCUGGGUAUCCAUGUCCCAUAUCCAAUCGUGACAAGUUAAGGGUAUCCCGUUUGUCUUCAGUCAGAACACAAUCAUGUGCUGAUUCGACAACCAAAAGGUAUUCCUUUGUAACUAAGCUUCACCGUAUCGUAAGUGCUUCCGCAUCUGACACAAAACCUUCUAAUAGUUCUAUAGAAGGGCUCCGUAAAUCCUUGCAGUCUUCUAACAUAUCAUGACCAAAUGGUACUGAUGCAAAUAUUGAUAGCUGUAGCAGAGGCUACGAGAGUGUAUCUAUAGGGCUUGAAAGUGAUGACGUCAAAAACGGCCAGGGAGCAGUAAGUUGACAUCAGAUUUCUAUUUUGGACCCAGGUGUGACUUUGCUAUUGUCUAAGUAUGUGGGUGCAGAGCAACCCACUCAUGUCGCAUGCAGGUGUGACUUGUAUUUCGCCACCAGUUGUCACCCCGCCCCCAUUAGCCAAAUCAGUCAGUUUCACUGGCUACAUCACCUUGCUGUGAGUAAGACCGUUUGAAAUGUGCUUGGAUCCAUACAAAAACUGAAUCCAAGUGGAUCCAGUUUUUGAAUUUUUGAAAUUGUUGCUAUGCUGUGACGUAGCACUUUCAAGCCUUAUUGCUGAAGAUUCGAUAUUUGAGAGCGAUUGACAGAUAACAUUGAUAACUUGAUGCAGUUGAGAAUUAUAUUGAUUACGUUGUAUUGAGCAGAUACUAUAAAUAAAACAUGUAAAGAUCAGAGAAUCCGUAUUUCAUUCUCCCAACUCCUUGCAUACAUACAUGUAACAGUUGCCAUCAACAUUGCCAGCAAAUAUUGAAUAUUUAUUUGAGCAAAGGAAGAUAAUCCACAUCAGCUGCUCAUUCUUUCUAGUCAAGAAAAAGUUUCCAAGUGUGAUAUCAUAAUGACAUCAUUGUUGUCAUGUACUGCCAUGCGCAUGCUUUACUGUGUACAGUGCUUGUACAUGCACAUGACUCACGAGCGGGUCCCCAGUUUCUGGCCAGAGAACUAAUGAGUACUCAGUGAGAUUAUUUCAAAACUAGAUGCAUAAAUACAGUCAACUUUGCGUAUAACGACACCCGGCGGGGCAUCAGAAAAGUGUCCUUAUUCGCGAAGUGUCCUUAUACCCGAAGUCUCAUUACAUGUAUUACAGUUAGAUUGGACUUUGCUCUGGGCAUGGAAAUUCUGCCGUUAUUCGCGAAUUGUCGUUAUAUCAGCAUUCUUUAUUAGCGAAGUUGAUUGCAG